CGAUUUCACCUUUAUCGAGAGCGCAUAUGCAAUCUCAACUAGCGAGAGAACACUAUAGCAAUAAUGAAUUUAAAUCUUCUUUAUCAGCUCAUCAGAGAGCGGCGAGUGACUUCAGACUGGCUGCAACGCAGACGACAGAUAGUAAAAUUUCAAAGCACCUCCUAUCCCUCGCUGAUCAGCACUCAAACGAGGCUAUCAAUCUGGAUAGGAAAAUCAGGGACGAGAGCCGCAAUCCGAAACCUAGGAACUUACCUUUGAAGCCCAAGGACUCUCGCUCUCAGCUACAGCUCCUUGAGCAGGUUAAAGGUAUGAACACACCGUCUAUCAAGUCACUCAAAGACUCUUCCUCCUCUGAGCCUAGCUUUGACGAUUCUUACUCUUACCUCAGAGCUCCGAACCAGCCAGAGUCAUCCGAUCCAUUCGACAGGUAUUGGGGUAUGAUAGAGGGUAUGAUAAAUAAUAUCAGCAAUCCCGUCGCAUUCGCUACUGCCCCACUUGAUGGCCUACCUACGGAGCAAGCGAGUGGCGAUAAGAGAGACACCCAAUUGAGUUCCUCUUUCGAAAUGGUUAACGAUCCAAAUGCAUACUCAGACAAUGACAAGAGAUCAUCAAUGUUCACAACUGCAGCAAAUAUGUUUCAGAACAUUAAAACAUACUCGCUUAAUUUCACCUCAAUGAGCAGUGAUAAGCAGACUGAAGCGUAUGCUGAGGAUCUACAACGUGCCAGCAAAGUGAUCAAAGAGCUUAUGUCGGAGAAUACCACAUUGAAGGCUCGCUUAUCUGAAUAUGAACGGAGAGAGAAGAUGCAUGAAGCACUCAAAGGAAGUAUCAUCAAAUUUGGCUCAGAAUAUAGAGCUCAUAAACGUGGUUUGAAUAGUCUCGAGUUGAGUCGAACGGAUCACCAACCUCUGCCAGCGUCUACCAGUGCAAAUACAAACAACAAUAGCAACAAUAGACAACGUGAACUAGAAAUUGAAAUGGAUAAUCUCAAACUCGAGCUUCAAAACAAGAAUAAACAGUUAAAAAAGCAUAAAGAUAGAUGGGAAAUGCUCAAACAAACGGCAGGAAAACGUAACCAAACAGCAACGAAACAAUAGUGACGAUAUCAACAAACAAGAGUGAAUAAGAAAUAAACGACU